CUUGUUUGAACGGCAAUGGAACAUUUUUUGCCGUCUACCAGCGUAAGUAUUCAACCCGUCACUAAUCUAACCCGUGAACGACUUUGCCAAACGAAAAGGUGGAAAUUUUGGAAUUUAAACGCCGUUUGCUUCGCCUUGAUCGAGUCGACGGUGCAAUUCGAUCAGAGGGAACUCAGCGGAUUUUAGCUGGGCUUUUUUGUUGAUUUUCUUCGGUGUCUUUGCGCUGAAAAACUUCCUCUGAGGCGAGACUUUUUAAGCGAAUUUCAUAUUCAUAGCUUGAAAAUUGCAUGAACAGGCACCAAAGAACUGGUGAUGUUGUGUUUUCGUUUUGGUUUUGACUGUUUUUUUCUUGGCUUUUUGACAGCAAACUGGCGCAAGUCAGCCUUCACCAGGUGGGGUUAUCCCAAGCGCUGCCUCAGAACAUGUCGCAGACGAUCCAGAUUUCACAUUCUAUGUCUCAAUCGAUGAGUCAAAUGUCGGACGAUGAACCCUCAUCGCCUGAGUCAACAACCUUCGAUGGCUCGGACCUGCUGAAUUCCACAGUCAGCGAUGAAGUCACCGCGCAGCUAGCGGCCGCCGGGCCCGUUGGGGUAGCUGCCGCCGCCGCCAUUGCUACAGGGAAGAAACGGAAAAGACCGCAUUCUUUUGAAACGAACCCUUCUAUUCGUAAGCGGCAGCAAACUCGUCUUCUCCGGAAGUUAAGAGCCACUAUUGAUGAAUAUACAACAAGAGUAGGUCAACAAGCUGUUGUUUUGUGUGUGUGUCCUGGCAAGCCAAAUCCACUUUUCAAGGUGUUUGGGGCUGUACCACUAGAAAAUGUGGUAAGGAACCUCAAGCAGCUUGUACUUCAGGAUUUAGAGCAUGCAUUAGCUGAACACGCUCCACCACCACCCCCAGAAAACCCAGAUACCUACACACUUCCUCCUCUGGUCAUUGAUGGUAUACCCACUCCUGUGGACAAAAUGACACAAGCCCAACUGCGAGCGUUCAUUCCAAUGAUGUUGCGGUAUUCCACUGGUCGCGGGAAGCCAGGAUGGGGAAAGGAUUCUACGAGACCAGCUUGGUGGCCGUCUGACCUGCCUUGGCAAAACGUGCGCAGUGAUUGCCGCAGUGAAGAUGAAAAAGCAAGGAUUUCGUGGACAAAUGCAUUGAGGCAAAUCGUAAAGAACUGCUACAAAUUCCAUGGGAGAGAAGACCUGCUACCUGCAUUCACUGAAGGAGAUGCACCCCAGCACCAGUAUGUCCAAACACCCCAUCAAAUGGUCCAUACAAUUUCUAAUGCAGAUGGAACUGUGUCUCUCAUUCAAGUGGAUGCCUCAGGUGCUGUGAGUACAUUGUCAGAUGCAGCGACCUCACAAACUGAGGCAACACAAGCUGUGGCAACAUUAGCAGAAGUUGCAGCAGCAACUCAAGUUGAGGUUACCCUGUCCCAUCCAGGACAGAGUGAUGGUGUUUCCAUUGACCAAAGUGAUUUGUCACAUACUGAGGCAAUUGCACAAGCAGCAGUAGCCACUCUUGCGGAAGCGACAUUAGCAGAUGGAGGACAAAUUGUUUUGCCAGAGCAUGCAGCUGCUGCAGCAGCAGCUUUAGCAAAUGUUCCAGACAACAUAAAUUCUUCAAACAUGGUGACCAUUCCAGUCCAGGCAGCUGCGUCCCUUAUGCAGAUUCAAACACAUCAUCUACCAGUAAGUACCCACGCUCAGUACAUGUCAGCAUCAGUACCUCAAGUAGCCAUGGCACCACAUUCAAUAAUUCAGACAGUAACAACUUCGGCAAUGGGAGGACAUGAGGUCCACACGCACAUGGCUGACACAUGCGAGGGUGUGCCAGUUGCCACCCAAGCAGUGGAGGUAGUGACACUAGAAAAUGCCCCAGAUCCCAUGUCUUGAACUGAUGAAAUGCCCAUGUUGAUGUACAAAUAGUAUUGUAAAUAACAGAACAGAGGAGCUCCAUGCAUAGGAAAGCAAUGGGCAAGGCCGUGCUCUUUGAAUUAACUAAGAUUUUCUAGGCACCAUGGAGCAAAAGUUAGGUACCUUGGCCACCGAGUGCUGCUGGGGCACAGUCUUGCUCAGUGAACAAAAUUUAAGUAGAUGAGGUAUUAUUGAUACCAGAUAUUCUUUUAAGAGCUGGAAAAUGCUCCACUGGGCACUGCUGAGUUUUCUCUAUAGUUUGAAAAAAGUUUGUCUUCAUAGACAGCAGUACUUCCAGAUGCAUUGAGUUUCCUAAAACUAGGAGUAAACUACCGGUAGCCUUCUAUGCCUUUGUUUAUAAUAUUUACAGAAGGUUGCAUUAACUGUAGCAAAUGCCAGUGACACAAAUACCAGUUCGUCCAUCCCAGUUUUGGUUGUACUUGACCGUGUAGCCAAUCUUGACAACAUGUGGUUGUAAACUCUUCUCAAACUAUAGAGUGCUAUCAUCUUUGUUCAAACUAGAUAAUUUGUUGGCUAUUUCAAAGAACUCCAGGCAGUGGCAGAUCUAGGGAAGGGGAACAGCCACCUUCCCUGCCCCUAUUUGCUCAGGCCAGCACUGAUAGCUAAGGUGCCAGAAUACCUCAUUUCAACCAGAGAACCCCACCCCAAACCCCCUUACAACAAUUUCUGGACCCAUUAAUAGCAACUACAUGUAUGAGCAACAAAAUGUUGACCUUCUAAUUGUCCAAAAUAACUGCCAGAAGGUGACCUUUUCUGUCUUUUAACCCUUCAAGCACCAAUAUCUGCAUUAAAAUUCUCCAGAAUGAUCUCCAUGCAUUUCCUUAAAGAAUUAUUGGAGAGAAUUUGAUAAAACGAUCCAAAGUAUUUUCUCUUGGUAAUCAUUCAUUAAUUCUAGUAAUCUUUUCUGUUGACUUUGUAUUGAUGUUGUUAGGAGAUGAUAUUGAUAUUGGGCACCAUUGGGACUUAAAGGUGUGGAGUGCUCUGAUUUGAUACAGGGGUUAAAACAAUCGAAUGCUUGUUAACCUGUUGUUUCUAUCAGAAGUCUUCUCACAAAGCCAAAUGAAACACCAAACUUCUGGUUGCUAUUUGUGACAUCUGGAAUGUGAGCAUUCUGUUUGCUUAAGCUUUAACUACUGUCUGGGAUUAGUGCAUUUGUAAUGAGAAAAAUCAGUUAUUAAUCUUUUUAUUUUGGGGUUGCAAAUCCACUUCAGGUUGUUGUUAUUUGCAUGAAAACUAUUUAAAAACGCCAGGAUGGAAAUAAUAAAUUAUUAGUUUAAAAGGUUUGGUGAAUUCUGAAAUUUAUUUAAAUCAUGUUCUAAAACAUAACAUAGUGAGUUUCUCUGAUUCAGUCAACAAAUUUAUUUUCCUUCCAACUAGUUGCUGAUGUGAAACAAUCAAAGUGGUAUUGCUAACAGUCUUGUAACCCCAUCUUACAACCUGUAGGUGCUUUUGAAAGCUUGCGGGUUCAAGUACAUUUUAAGACCUUCCACAGUGAAUUUAUGUAAGGCUAUAGCUUUUAGUAUCAAAACCAGAAAUCUAAAUUAUGUGGUCUUUUUGGAGUUGCUGGAAAUCAUGAAGAUAAUUAAGCGUUAUUGGAGAAACAUUUUAGUAUCUGACUGCAUUUAGUUGAGUCAUGUCUAGGCUAUUCUUUUAACCCUUUAACCACUUAGAGUGACCAAAAUCUAACUUCUCCUCACAGUAACUAAUUCUCAAGAAAUCAUAAUGAUUGUGUGAAGAAGGGAAAUGAACCACAAAUAAACAAGGC